AAGAACUAGUUAAAGAACUUCUUAACCAAUGGAGCAUAAUUAUUGGUAAAGAUUCAUUCCGUAUUACAUCUAUUGAUUAUAACUAUGAUAAUCUAAUAUCACAUGUUAAAUUUGCAGCAAGGAUGAUUAAUUUAUCUUUUGAUGUCACAGCAAAAAAGAUUAUUCCUAAUAUCAAAACUAUUGGUCUCAAAAUUACAGAUGUAGAAGUGAGGCAAUCAUCUCAUUCUAAAGUAAAGAGACAUUAUAGAUGGCAAUUGGUAAAGAGUAGAAG